UUUCAAGAGAGGACGCUUAAUCAGAAAAAGUAGAUGCUUAGUCAGAAAAAGCAAAUGUUUAGUCAGCAAAGAGAUUUUUUUUUGGGUACGGUGAUUUUGAUUGUGAUUUUGAUCUGAAGGAGAUUGUGGUCAAAGUGAGAAUAAAGUGAGAUACAGCGUUGUUUACGAGAGAAGAUUAAAGAUGACAGACCAGAGAAAGACGCUAUAUGGACAAUCGUUGAUUCGGAACGCCAGCUCGUUUUCUGUGAAUGGCAAUGGCAGCAAGAGAAAGAUCAGUGGCAGUGGAAAUCUUAAGAACAUCAAGAGCAGCGGAAUCACCAAGAACAGUGGCUCGAUACCCAGGGAGAGAUACUGGAGAAGGUCGUAUAUGUCGCCCCGAAAGCCCUUCCAGGACUUGUCGGUAGAUGGUAAGGGCAAUGGCGGGGGCAAGAGCAGCAGUGGAAGUGGGAGUGACAACAAGCCCAGCCAGCAGUACAGUUUCAAGCUACGGUCGUGGGUACUCGAAGAGUGCAAUGAUGGAAUUGAGGCAGAGACCCCAGGAACAGAAGAAUACUGCUUUGAUGUGCCGGAGGACAGCGAGCUCGUGGAGUUAGAGGAGUAUGUUUUUGUGAAGCGAAAGGUGGACAAACUGGAGCAGCGGGCCAGCAGAGGCAUGGCCAGUGGAGGUGACGAGGAGGACGACGGUUUGACAGCAGAAGACAUCAGGGGAGCUGUGGGAGGAGAAUUGAUCUCAGGCUUCUCUGGCUCGGACGUGCAAGCGAAGAAGGAGGGCGAGCAGCAGACGCAGCCCGAGGCAGAGCCUGCAGAGCCCACAGCUCCUACAGAAAGCGUGAAAAAGGACGAAAGUACCGACGGCGACGUGGUGAUGGGCGAGUGAGACGCACAGGAAGCACGGGAUGCAUGUGCUUUUUGUGUUUUCCUGGAGCGCGUCGGUUUGUUUUGUGGUUUCCUUUUUGGGCAUGCAACUGUAAACAAAGCUGUGUUUA